AUGCCGGGUUUCCGAACCUGGGUGGGGCUGCUCCUGGUCGCGGCGUUGCUGCUUCAGAGGUCCAACGGGCAGAGCUUGCCGCCGUGGUACCAAGGUUAUCGAAAUGGCGAUGAAGCGUCUUGCCAGGCCUUCCUCGCGACAUACGGCAUCUCCGCCCUGGCGCUCCAGCCCGCUGCCUUCACGAACCCGCUGGACCAGUCGACUGCGCCGGGCGAGGCGUGGCACCCCUCUUUCGCCAUCCUGCCCUGGAAGGGGGCCAACCUGCCGAACUAUGAUAGAUGGGCGUGGGGGAACAGGCGGUUCGCCGCGACGGGGCGCUCGUGGCUGCUCUUCGAGAUCAAGCAGUCGAUCACCGCCCUCGACGCGACGCUGCAGGCGGCCUCGCCGCACUGCGACGCCACCUGCCAGGCGCGCCAGCGAGCUGCUCUGAAAUCCCUCUUCCAGGCCCUCGACGGACCGAACUGGACCGACGACCUGUGGCGCAACACGUGGGGUUCGGAGACCCUGCACCACUGCUGCUGGCCGGGCGUUACGUGCUGCUCCGCGGGCAACACGCUGCCGCUGAACCGCAUCACCGGCACGGGCGAGGUCCGCAUGUUCGUCGACACCAGCUUCCGCGGCAUCGCCUGCGUCCAGCGCGCGGGCGUCGCCUCGGUCGACUUCGAGCACCUCCCGGGCCUCAGAACCGCCUCGGCGGGCAACACGCGCACCGUGCCGCUCGGCGUGUUCGCUGCCCUGGCCUCGUCGCUCGAGUACGUCAACCUGAAGCGCAUGGGCGUCACGGGCGCGCUCCCGGACGACGUCUUGUCCGCGCAGCUCCUCCGCGCGUUCCACGUCGAGCAGAACGACUUGGAGGGGACGAUUCCUGACCACAGCACCUUCCUGACCGACCCCGCGACGCCCGGGUGGUCCUCGCACCUGCUCCUGCGGCACUGGGCCAUCGGGGACAACGCGCGCCUCACGGGCCGCCUCCCGGACUCCCUCCCCUUCUGUCUGUCCCUGCAAUACAUCGAGUUCCAGAACAACGCCAUGCUCGGACCGCUGCCGCUGGGGUUCACGGGCGGCCCGCCGGACACGCGGUUCUUCUCCGGCGCCGGCAACAGGAUCGCCGGCGAAGUCUUCGGGCUGCCGCCGGGCCAGUCCUUCUCGGACGCGCAACUGCUCUUCGACGACAUAGGCAUCUGGGAUGCUGUGCAGGAUCUCCGCGUGGGCACCAUCUCGCUGCGCGGGAACCAGCUGUCCGGCACGAUCCCCCAGUACAUGGCGAUCUUCGCGUACGAGUACCUCGACCUGGGCGAGAACGCCCUCUCGGGCACCAUCCCCACCAACAUUGCCAGCCCCGCACGCAUCCGUUCGAUCCGCCUGGACCGCAACGACCUGACGGGGCAGCUCCCGGACCCGCUGACGCCGUGGGGGCUCGAGGAGCUGGACGUGUGCCUGAACGCGGGGCUGUCCGGGUCGUUCCCGCGCUCGCUGGCCGACAUCCGCACGCUCAAGCUCUGCCGCGUGGCCGGCACGGCGAUGUUCGGCGAGCUGCCGGAGGAGGUCGGCGCGCUCCCGCAGCUGACGGAGCUCGACGUCUCCGAGACGCUGAUGCAGCACAACGCGUCCCGGCCCAACAGCCGCGGCGAGCUGCUUCCAGAGUUCCUGCGCCUGACGGAGGAACGCACCGUCCCGAACGCCGCCCUCGGCUUCGACCCGCACCUCCUGUGCCCGUCCGUCGUCGUGGCCAACGCCACGGCGCAAUGCGGCGGCGCCUUGGGCACUUGCGUCUCCGGACUGGACCUCUCCGUGGGCAUGUCGCCGUCGUACUUCCACUACCGCGGCUGCCGGUGCUCGUCCGGGUACCGGAAGAGCCACGUCGAUCUCUCCGGCGCCGAGCUCUCGCGCGUGGUUCAGAGCUUCACCGACCCGGCCGCGGGGUGGCCGAACGACGCGGCGUACGUCGACACCUUCCUCCCGCGGCAGCGCGUCGUGUGCGUGCCCGACGACGACCACCUGGUGGUCAUCGUGUCCACGGUCGUCGCGGGUUCCGUCUUCCUCGUCCUCAUCAUCGUCCUCGCCGUCCUCUUCUUCCUCUGGCGCGACCGAAUCGCGGUGGUGCUCAUGGAACGCCGGAAGCGCGCCGGGCCGCCUGGCGCGGGCCGCGAGAUCACGCUGGUGCUGACGGACGUCCAGGACAGCACCGCGCUGUGGGAGGCGUCGCCGCAUGAGAUGGCAACGGCGAACUCCAUGCACGACGCCAUCUUGCGGGCGUACCUGGCGCGCUGGCACGGCUACGAGGUCACGACGGAGGGGGACUCCUUCUUGCUCGCCUUCCACGAGCCGACGGACGCGAUCGGCUGGUGUCUCAGCGUGCAGCAGGCCCUCCACGUGGCGAACUGGCCCGAGUCAAUGAGGGGCCAUGAGGGUGCUCUCGACCCCAGUCCGACGUCGCUGGGCAAGCAGCCUGGCAGGGCGUCAAAGGAAAUUUUGAGGACGUCUUGGCUGGGGCAGGUCGGGCGGAACAACACCCCCAACGAGGACGAGCGCGUCACGUGCAGCACGCCGCACAGGCGCGGGAGCGCAAGUGGCGCCAGGGACCUGCGGCGGUCCACGAUCCCGUCCGAUCCCGGCGGCCCGAACGCGGGGCUGGCGCGUCCGUCGCAAGACGGCUUCGUGCGCAACGGCUCGGAGGAGGGCACGGUGGCCCCGCCGGGCCCCGAGGGCGACCCGAGUGCGCUGCUGGUCGACGACGGCGCGCGGUUCUUCCGGGGCCUCCGCGUGCGGAUGUCGGUGGCGACAGCGCACUGCGAGCACGCGACCACGCACCGCAUGACCCGCAGGCUCGAGUAUGACGGUCCGGUCGUGACGCUGGUGAACGCAAUCCAGGAAGUCACGCGGGGGGGGCAGAUCCUGAUGUGCGCGCAGACGUACGAGGGCGUGCACGCGCGCCACCCGAUCAUCGCGGCGAAGCUCUUCGAGUGCAGCCCGCACAAGCGGCUGGCGAAGCUAGCACGGGCCAGCGGGACGGGCACGCGGUCCAUGGGCUCUCGGCGCGGCCGGAAAAGCGGGGCGUCCGUCCUGCGGGACGCGCUCAUGCGGUCACGCACGGGCUCGCAGGCCGGGGUCGCGUCGGAGCACGUCGCGUCGCCCGGGCCGGAGCCCACGCGCAGCGCGACGCACCUGGGCUCGCCUGCAAGCAUCCCGGUGGCAGCGAGCUUCACCGAGGACCUCGCCUCGCCCGCGCCGCCGGUCGAGAACGGCGGCGCCGCCGCGCCGCCCUCGCGCAGGCAGCCCGUCUGGGCGCCCACGCUGGAGACCAACAUGGAGGCGAGCGCCUCGGCCCCCCCGAACGAGGACGACAUCGCCAUCGCCGCCCCUGCAAAGCCGUCGCGGGUGCGGUUCGACUCGGGGAUCGUGGACGAGUUUGCGAGCGAUUCCGUCGCGGGCCGCCCCGGGGCGUCACUCGUCGCGGACCCGAGUCCGACGCCGACGUCGAUGCCACAUGCGCGGUCCGGGUCGCAGUCCUUUGGCAUCAUGGCGUCGCUGCGGGCCGUGAUGACGGGCUCGCUGCGCGGGGCUGACACGCGCGAGGACAGAAUGGUCCAGGACGGGUUCAGCGCGAACGGGCGCGGCGACGCGCGCGGCAGCGAGUGGGACCUGCUGAUGCUCGACAUGGGGGAGUAUGACCUGGGACUCCCCCAGGGCGUCCACCUGUACCAGGCGCUCGCGCCGUUCCUCGAGGAGCGCGCCCGGUUCUGCGCGGAGAUCCCCCGGCACCUCAUGAAGUCCCCGGGGUACUUCCACGCGCCCGGAACCACGGCCCCCAUGGUUCCCGCCCGCAGCGCCUGCCCGCACGGCGUCGCCUACCUCGCGUGCUCGGCGUGCGCGCCGUGCGUGCUGCGGCUCCCGGACGUCGUCAUCGUCUUCUGCGGGCCCGUCAGCAUCGACGAGCUGUACAAACACGACCGCCACGCGACGCAGGAAGCCCUCGAGGUGUACAAGUCGGUCACCCGCGAGGUGCUCCUGCGCUACGACGGGUAUGAGUGCCAGGAGCUCUCCGGCGCGUUCAUGCUCGCCUUCCACUCCCUCGGCGACGCCUUCCUCUUCGGCUCGGCGCUCCAGCUGGCCCUGCUCGGCGCGCACUGGCCCCGGAAGCUCCUCAAGUCGCCGUGCGCCGCGGUGGAGCGGGGCUCCGACGGCGCGGUCCAGCGCCGCGGGCUGCGUGUGCGCGUGGGCGUGUGCCGCGGCAUGCCGGUCAAGGUGCUGCCGCACACCGCGACGGGCCGCACGGACUACUUCGGGCCCUUGGUCAACCGCGCCGCGCGCAUGUGCUUCGCGGCUGCGCAAGGCGGCCAGGUCAUCGGGACGGCCGAGCAGGCCGGCGCUGCACUCCUUGAGAUGCUGGAGCAACCCGUGGAGUCCGGCGCGAAGGGCUUGACGCGCCACUUCUUCCGGAAGCCGUGCGUUCUGCCACAGGCCCUGGCGUCGGAGUCCGGGCGUCUGAUCUCGGAGACGGUCGAGAGCGAGAUCAGACUUUCGCUGACGGGACAGACGCCCAUGAACCUGCGCUUCAUGUCGGAGUGCGGCCUGACUUCGGAGGCGGCGCAGGCCUUCCAGGACGCCCAGAUGCUGGCCGAGGCCCUCGGCCAGACAAACGGCCCGCGACUGCCGCUCGGCCGCGGCAACUCGGAAGACAUGAAGGUGCCGCGGCCGGACGUGCCUGCCCGCGCGUCGUCCGCGGUGCGGACCAGCGUGGCGACGUCGCGCGGCGCGGACCGAUCCGAUUUCCCGCACAGCACGCGGGAGCCCGUGCCGUCGCGGUCCGAGCGCCGGUUCCGCGUGGAGGCGCGGUCGCACGCAGACGCGUCAGCCGCCGAGUUCCGGCGCGGGAACAGCCUCGGGGGGGCCGGGAGGGACGCGGAGUACACGUGGCGGGUGGAGGCGUGCCGGAUCGUGCUGAGGCACGUGGGGCAGUUCCGGCUGAAGGGCGUCUCGGGCGACUACCACCUGGCGUCGAUCGCGCCCAAGUCGCUCGCGGAGGUGCAGCAUUCGCUGCCGACGGCGAAGAAGGCCAAGCUGCUCAGGGAGCCCGGUGGCACUCUUCUGGAGGGCGUGGCGUUGAUGCCCAUCCUGGAGCACGUCGCGCCCGGUGUGUCUGAGCGCGCCGCGAGCCGCGUGCGCAGCCGCGUGGGGAGCAAGUUCAACAAGCGCUAUUUGUCGCGGGCGGAGUCGCACGGUAUCGACGGCCUGGGCAGGCGCAUUGCCACUAAGCUUUCAGGCACGUUCAGCAAGCGCGACUUGAGCCAGGAGAUCGUUCGUCCCGAGGACCACCCACACAGCCCCCGUGCGCUGGCCAAGGCCAGCACCGGCGUCGACCCCGGCGAUCUCACCGGUUUGUGCAUGGUGCUCGAGCAUCACGGCGAGACCCCGCAGCCAUCGAAACAGAACUCGCACAACGAUGGCAACCAGACCGCGUCAAACGCACAAGACGAGAACGCGAGCGAGCACUGA